GAAAGGGAACAGCCAUGUAACACCUGCGGGGACCAGUGUCCAGGCUUUGCGCUUCAUAAAUGGAGGAAAAUUUGCCGGCACUGUAAGUGCCCACAGGCAGAACACUUUGAAACAGUGAUGCCUUUAGAAAUGGAGAAGACGGUGACCAAGCUGAUGUUUGACUUCCAGAGGAAUUCGACUUCUGAUGAUGACUCGGGCUGUGCCUUGGAAGAAUAUGCUUGGGUUCCUCCUGGGCUGAAACCAGAACAGGUUCAUCAAUACUACAGCUGCCUACCAGAAGACAAAGUACCCUAUGUCAACAGCCCUGGGGAGAAAGCCCGUAUCAAGCAGCUUCUGCACCAGCUGCCUCCACAUGACAAUGAGGUCCGAUACUGUAACUCGCUGGAUGAAGAGGAGAAGAGAGAACUCAAACUCUUCAGCAACCAGAGGAAGAGGGAGAACUUGGGCAGAGGCAAUGUUCGGCCGUUCCCCGUCACCAUGACAGGAGCCAUUUGCGAGCAGUGUGGAGGCCAAAUCAAUGGAGGAGACAUAGCUGUCUUUGCAUCCAGAGCAGGCCAUGGGGUGUGCUGGCAUCCAUCAUGCUUUAUAUGCAGCGUUUGCAAUGAGCUGUUGGUGGAUCUAAUCUAUUUCUACCAAGACGGGAAGAUUUAUUGUGGCCGGCAUCAUGCGGAAUGCCUCAAACCUCGGUGCGCAGCUUGUGAUGAGAUUAUCUUUGCUGAUGAAUGCACAGAAGCUGAAGGAAGGCAUUGGCACAUGAAGCACUUUUGCUGUUUUGAAUGUGAAACUGUGUUGGGCGGCCAGCGGUACAUCAUGAAGGAAGGGCGGCCGUAUUGCUGCAACUGCUUCGAAUCCUUAUAUGCAGAAUAUUGUGAUACCUGUGCUCAGCACAUUGGCAUCGAUCAGGGUCAGAUGACAUACGAUGGCCAACACUGGCAUGCUACAGAGACCUGCUUUUGCUGUGCCCAAUGUAAGAAAUCUCUGCUUGGCCGACCGUUCUUGCCGAAGCAAGGGCAGAUUUUUUGCUCCAGAGCAUGCAGCAUGGGAGAUGAUCCGAACGGUUCAGAUUCAUCAGACUCUGCAUUCCAAAGUGCCAGAGCCAAAGAAUCACGGCGUAGUGCUAAGAUUGGAAAGAACAGGAACAAAGGAGAAGAGAAUGCUGGCAGCCAGAGUAAUCAGUUGCAGGUGACCUCCAGUCGAUUGUCUGCAGAUGUGGACCCUCUCUCCUUGCAGAUGGACCUGCUGAGUUUGUCCAGCCAAACUCCUAGUUUAAACAGGGACCACGUGUGGAGGAGCAGAGAUGAACUCUACCACUAUGGAAACAAAAUGGAGCAAAGCCCAUCACAAAGCCCAUUGCAGCUGCUCAGUCAAUGUAAUGUCAGGACGUCCUACAAUCCAGCGCAGACUCCAGGCCCUCAACAAGAACUAUGGGGUAAGCAUUUCAGCAACCCAAAGAGAAGCUCCUCUCUAGCCAUGAAAGGACACGGCAGCAGUUUCAUCCAGGAAUGCCGAGAAGAUUAUUACUCAGGAAGGCUACGGUCGCAGGAGAGUUACAGUGACAUGUCCAACCAGAGUUUCAGUGAAACCAGAGGGAGUUACAAGGUCUCCAAGUAUGACCAAGAAGGAGACAGCAGCAUGACUGAACAGCAUUGUCGGACCAGGCAUCCACUCAGUGCGCUGAAAUUCACUGAAAAAUUGACACGCACAGAACAAACUCCUCGGGGCUCAAUGGAGUCCCUUGCUCUUUCCAAUGCAACAGGUCUGUCUGCAGAUGGUGGUGCCAAGCGACAAGAACAUCUGUCCCGAUUCUCCAUGCCUGAUCUAAGCAAAGAUUCUGGAAUGAACAUCUCAGAGAAGAUGAGUAACAUGGGGACCCUGAAUUCUUCUGUACAGUUCAGAAGUGCUGAGUCUGUCCGCAGCCUAAUUUCUGUCCAACAGUACCAAGAUGUAGAAGCCAACCUACACAAUCUUGCGAAUCCUAUUGGAUACAGGGACACAUCAUCUCAUGGAAGGAUGCAUCAGAGCUUUGAUUAUGAAGGCGGGAUGGCAGGGAACAAAUUGGCUGGACAAGAGAAUAUCAGACAUCCCCCAAUGAGCGAACGCACACCCAGACGAACUAAUCUCCGAGAUGAUGAUCGGCGUUACCGCCCCCACAGGCCCCGACGGUCAAGGCGCUCCCGCUCAGAUAAUGCUCUUCACCUCACUAGUGAACAGAACUAUAAGUUGAAAGAGAAGCCCUCUCUGCGAGCCAGAGAGGACUAUGACCAGUUUUUGCAGCAAAGAAGUUGCAGGGAGACCAUGGAGCAGAACACACGGAGAAACCUGUACGGUCAGUGUCCAAGGACUGUAUCAGACCUGGCUUUGCAAAACCACUUUGGCGAGCGAUGGGGACCCUACUUUGCUGAAUAUGAUUGGUGUUCCACGUGCUCCUCCUCCUCCGAAUCUGACAAUGAAGGCUACUUCCUCGGAGAACCGAUUCCGCAACCAAGCCGACUCCAGUACGUCACUAGUGAAGAGCUUCUUCACAAAUACGGCUCAUACAGCAUGCCUAAGUCUUCUACACUGGGUGGUCGAGGACAGUUACACAGCCGGAAAAGGCAAAAGAGUAAAAACUGUAUCAUAGCAUAGCCACGCUGCCCAAGCACAGUGUUGGAGAAUGUAAUUAUUUCAUCAACUUGCACUGCUGUAGGUUUUCAAGCGCUUUUUAUUGUAACAUCCAGGCAAGCAGGGAGCUGUUAGGAGAAGGUCAUAGACAAAAGGUCUAUAAAUAGUCAUAAUUGUUGGCAUGGUUAAUAUAUUUUGCACAUUUUAUUUGGGGGAGGAAGGGAGGGAGGGAUAAAAUUUAUUUUAGCAUGUUAUAGUUACAAAUUUACCUCCUUCCCACAAGUAGCUGCCAUCCAUUUAAUACCCUGUUCACCCAUAUCUUUUUAGUUGACAUUGUUUUCUGUAAUGAACAGUUAGCUACUAGUUUAAUCUCUCCUCUUUUUUUCCCCCUUGGCUUUUUAUUUUCACCACCUGUUUUGGGGGGGCCAUUCUUCCACCAGAUUGCAAAGAAGUGGUUGUUAUUCCCGUAUUUGUUCAGUAAAUGAGAAUUUGGAGAAAAUAUUUUUGUAUUUGGUAAUGUCAGAGGAAUGUCUUUCUCUUAGGAGUCACUGGGAGAUCCAGGGACAAUAUCAUGCUUUUUGGCCAGAGCUAAACAAAGAUUGCUUCAGAACCCUUUAUCUUUUUGCCAUCACAUUCCUUCCAGAUCAGCAAAGCUUUAUGUUCUCUACCUGCUUAGAAAAG